AUGGAUACAUUGCGAAAACGCCUAACCCCGAUCUUCGCAUUCCCAUUCAGCCGCACUGUAGCACCCCCAAGCCCUCCGAGCCCAGCCCAUGCCAACUUCCUAGAACUCUGCGCUGGCGGUCACACAGUCGACACACCGGAAGACUGUACUGCGUACUUAGUACAUGUAAACAGACUCUCAGGGGGAAAAUGGAACGAUGCAUGGAAUGAACUCCUGCAUCCAGAUUACACCCUACCAAACUCUACCGAUGACUUCGAUAUCAUAAUUCAGCUAUGCAGCGAAGUCGCCCAAAUUAUGCUCGACCAUGGUGUCCUCUCCAUGGCCCGCAUAAUCCAGAAACUUGAAGCGAAGAAAGUCCUCUGUCCAGCGGUGAAUAUACAGUGUCACUCCAACGCACAUGGCCUCGCCUUCAGCCUCAUUGGCUGGCUAUUACUCCUCUAUGUCCCUGCGAAAAAGGCUCGACCGAAUGAAAUGCAGGCUGCGGAACAGCGAAUCAGGUCUGGGCUCCGGUAUAAGGUGUCACCGGAACUAGUAAAUCGCCCCCUAGACGAACUGCUUCGGUCCUUCGGUAAUAUUCUCCCUCGGCGAGAAGAGCAGCGCGACAGCGCGGUCGCGUCAACGGAUUUAGAAGAAGCUAGGGUAAAGCUCGAGGUCACGCACUUGAAUGCGGCUGCCUUGAAGACGAUGGCGAAUAUCCAGAUCCGAGUCUUGAACAAAUUCUACGAAGACGACGAAAAGCCCACCGACAACUUCAGCGUCGCGAAAAUGAUCAACGAAGUUAUGCUCUCCUACACCCUCCUCUUCAAAGCGGACCGUAAAUCCCGCAAGCUAUACCAAACGACCGAGCGAACAAAGGCUUCUCUCAUAAAACCAAACAAUGACAGUAAACCCUACAUCGACCCCGUCCUCGACGAGCUCUGCGGCAACCACAUCUCCUCUUCCUUCUUCAAAUUCGGCGAACCAGUGCGUGAAUACUACGACUCCAUCACGGACUUUCCUAUAUUCAAGGACCGACUCAGGCGAAUCCAGGACUAUAUGCAGGGAAUUCAGCCGAAUCGAUUUGUGAGUCUUUGGCGGGAUCAGAGGGACUUGAGGCUCUGGUAUACCAUCUGGAUGGUGAUUAUCUUUGGCGUUAUUAGUAUUGUUCUUGGGCUGAUCGCGAUGUUUCUCACGGCGAUUCAAGUCGAUUAUGCGAAGAAGGCUUAUGAGUUACAGGUUAAGCAGGGAGGAUGA